AUGGAAGGUAGGAAAAGAUUCAAGAAUGGCAGGUUCAAAGUAAUGAAAAAGAACAAUGUGGAGACUGAUAUAAACAAUAAUAAUGUUGAUUGUGGGUCAGAUAAUGCACAUGUAACAUUGUGUGAGUCAGAACCAGCUUGCCAGAGUAAAUCUUGCGCUGAAUCUUCCACGGACGCCAAAGAAGUUGAUAGUGAAUAUGUUCUGCAUGGCAGACGUAUUAUUGACUUCAAAUACUUCGCAGAAAUGUUGUUUACGGGCUGCCCCUCAUGUAAAAAGCCAUUACAUCUUGUAAAUGUUGUAAAGGAGAGAAAAUAUGGCUUAGCGAGUAUUUUUUACAUCAAAUGUGAAUGUGGUGAAGUUACAUCAGUGGCGACUGGCCGUAGACAGAAUGAUGAGAAAAAUGGCCAAGGAUCUUUUCAUAUUAAUACUAAACUUGGAGUUGCUCUUGUUCAUGCUGGAAUUGGUGAGGCAGCCAUUUCAAGAAUUUUUGCCACCCUCAAUAUUCCAUGUAUCAGCCCAAAAAGUUUAAAAAAGCAAGAGAGAAAAGCAGGAUCUGCAAUUGAAAAAAUAGCCAAUGAAUCAUGUGAUAAUGCCCUAGCACAAGAAGCAGAACAGUCAAGCAAUGGUCUUGUCCUGUCAUAUGAUGCAGGUUGGCAGAAACGCGGCAGUGGAAGAAAUUAUAGUAGUCUUUCUGGUCAUGGAUCAAUGUUUGGUUUGGAAACAAAGAAAUUGGUGGGAUUUAGUGUAAAGAACAAGACUUGUAGAAAGUGUGAUAUAGCAUUCAGGAAAGGAGAAAUUGCCUCCCCCCAUGAUUGCAGAAAAAACUGGGAUGGCAGCUCUAAAGCCAUGGAACCAGCAAUGGCCGUGGACAUUCUAAAUAACAUCAAAGAGAAAGGACAUCAGGUGAGAACUAUAGUAAUGGAUGAUGAUGCAACAACAAUAGCAAAAAUAAGGAGAGAAGUAGAUGAAUCCAUUCACAAAUCUAGUGACAGGAACCACACUGUGAAGAACUUUACAAAUACUCUAUACACAGUACAGAAAGAUAAAAAACUACACAAGGUGCUCAGUUCAAAGACAAUUAAUCACAUCAAGAAAUGUUUCUGUUAUGCCUUAGCUUCUAACAAAGAUAGCCCAUCAACUUUGAGAGAUAACCUGCUGGCCAUACCACAUCAUUUGUAUGGUGACCAUCAAAAGUGCAGUGAGACAUGGUGCAGAUAUCUUCAAAGGCCAGAUAAAUACAUUCCAAAGAACCUCCCAUACGGAAAGUACUUAUCAGAUAAGGAAUUGUUCACUGAACUGAAUCAGAUCUUCACACAGUAUUCAGAAAUUGCUGAUAAGCUCUCAACCCUGGAAAGUACUCAACGUAACGAGAACUUCAACCAAAUGGUUGCACACAAAAAUCCAAAAAACAGAUGCUAUUCAACAUCAGAGAGUACAUCUGUUAGAGUAGCAGCAGCUGUGUGUCAACAGAACAUGGGGGAGCAGCUAAUGAAGAAUUGGGACUUUCCCCUGGUAGAGAAACCCAAGUCUAUGUUGAACGAAGACAAAAGAAAAGACAAAGGGAAGAAAGUGAAAUGCAAUCACGUGCAUUUAAAAGGAAAUGCGCUGAGAGGAAAGGGACAAAGCACUCAAAAGCAGACAUAA